AUGUACAAUACCAAAGAUCACUACAGCAAAGGCCACUCAGUAUGUGGUCAAAACUAUGUUGAACAGGAUUACAAUGACUAUCAUCACCCACUUCAUCCAUCUCUGAAUAUUCCUUAUGGCAUACGGAAUUUGCCACCUCCUCUUUACUAUCCCCCAGUGAAUACAGUCCCCAGUUACCCUGGGAAUACUUACACUGACACCCGGUUACCUCUGUAUCCCUGGAUUCUAACUGCUCCUGGAUUCCGCUAUUUCUAUCACAUCCCUGGUUUUCCCUUAGCUACUCGGUUGAAUGUUCCUCCGCUCCCUCCUAGGGAUUUCCCCUUUGUCCCUCCUUCAAGGAUUUUUUCAGCAGCUGCAGCACCCGCUGCCCCACCUAUUGCAGCUGAGCCUGCUGCAGCUGCACCUCCUACAGCCACACCUGUAGCAGCUGAUCCUGCUGCAGAGGCCCCUGUUGCAGCUAAGCUUGCUGCAGAGGCACUUAUUGGAACUGAGCCCGCUGCAGAGGCACCUAUUGGAGCUGAGCCCGCUGCAGAGGCACCUGUUGGAGCCGAGCCCGCUGCAGAGGCGCCUGUUGGAGCUGAGCCUGCUGCAGAUUCACCUUCACCAGCUAAGCCUGCUACAGCCAAGCCUGCUGCCCCAGAACCUCACCCUUCUCCCUCUCUUCACCAGGUAGGUUGCUUAUAUCUUACCACUAUAAAGUAUGAGAAAUGAGAUUUGUAGAACGGAAAAAAAAAAAA